AAAAUGCGGAUAAGCCGUGGCUAUGUCCCCGAAGCUUUCUAUUUAGACCGAAUGCAGAGAGACAGAGAGAAGUACACGGUGGAGAAGUAACAAAACGAAAGCCAUCCAUGGAGGAAAUCGAGCACUCCACCAUCGCCACCAAUGGCAUCAACAUGCACGUCGCUUCCAUCGGCUCCGGUCCGCCGGUCUUAUUCCUCCACGGCUUCCCUGAGCUCUGGUACUCAUGGCGCCACCAGCUCCUCUUUCUCGCCUCCAAGGGCUUCCGAGCCAUAGCCCCCGAUCUCCGCGGCUUCGGCGACUCCGACGUGCCGCCGUCUCCCUCCUCCUAUACGCCUUUCCACAUCAUUGGAGACCUCAUCGGCCUCCUCGAUCAUCUCGGAAUCGAGAAAGUUUUCUUGGUUGGCCACGAUUGGGGCGCGAUGAUGGCUUGGUACUUUUGCCUUUUCAGGCCCGAUCGAGUCAAAGCUUUGGUCAAUUUGAGUGUCCAUUAUACUCCUCGGAAUCCGGCAAUCUCAACUCUCAGCCUUAUCCGGAAAUUACUCGGCGACGAUUUUUACAUUUGUAAAUUUCAGAAACCUGGAGUGGCUGAAGCCGAUUUUGGAUCUGUGGAUACGGCUACGAUGAUGAAGAAAUUCCUGACGAUUAGAGAUCCAAGCCCUCCGAUUAUACCUAAUGGAUUCAAAACACUGAAGACUCCAGAAUCCUUACCGCCGUGGUUAACGGAGGAGGAUAUCGAUUACUUCGCCUCCAAAUUCGCGAAAACUGGCUUCACCGGCGGACUCAACUACUAUCGUGCCUUUGACCUAACCUGGGAGCUGACAGGGCCAUGGACUGGAGCACAGAUCAAAGUUCCUGCGAAAUUCGUAGUGGGGGAUCUGGAUAUGGUGUACAAUUCUCCAGGUGCGAAGCAGUACAUUCACGGCAGCAGAUUCAACAAGGACGUACCACUUCUGGAAGAAGUGGUAGUGAUGGAAGGCGCAGCGCACUUCAUCAACCAAGAAAAAGCAGAUGAAAUAAGCGCCCACAUCUAUGAUUUCAUCAACAAAUUCUGAUUUCUGGAUGGAUACUCAACUCCUCUGCUUCUUAUCCUAUCAAUGGCAGCACUGCCAUAGCAAUAUCAUUUUCACAUCCAGUUUCUCUAUCUUAUCAAUUUCAUCACUAAAAUAAGUUGAAUUAUUAUAAGUUACUCUUUGAAUUCUGAACAUUAAUUCUAUUUA